ACCCAGACUCUACAAAUAGAAUGAAUGAAGACGCUCUCUCUAGAACAUCUGUGCCACAACCCAGUUCAUACAGUUCAUAUAGCGAUUCAAUAGUUGACAAUUCAAAAUUUCAAUCAGAACAGUCAUCCACGAUGGCGCAAAUUUGUGAAAAUGUUGAAUUAAGCAAUAUGGACAUUUCACAUAUACCAGUUGAAGCCAGUUCACCCAAUAAUCUCGGCUCAAUUCCUACAACACUUACUUUGCCUCAAAAUAGUAAUUAUGCAAGGGAAAAUUUCUGCUCUGACGAUUUACUAGUCAGACACUCUUCCUCUAUUAAAGAAAUGGAGAAAAAAAUUCAGUUAUUAGAAAGUAGAAUGAAGAAGUUUCGAAGACUGAAGGAGAAAGCUUGUUGUCGUUGCAGUAAAAAUUGUAAGGAUGAUAUCUCAGUAAACACGAAUCUGAUAUCUAUAAUCUGUAAAAGUAUGGCAGAAUAUUACGAUGAGAAAAAAGAGGCGUGUUCUAGAAACAAACGAAAUAUCGAUUCGGAACCGUGUACCUGUAGUAUGAAAAAGGCAAAGCUGAAUAGGAGACAACAACUGCACAAAAGUAAUGCAUGCAAAAACACAUGUUUGUGCAAAAUUGAAAAUUGCGAUGAAAAGUAUCAACUACGAGAUACGUUUUGUAAUAACACUGAGAAUGCUGCGAAGACGAUUGAUAUUUCACAAUAUGAGCAUACGUUGUCUGUACAUAAAAAUAAUUUACUUUCGGAUACAUCCAAUACGUCUCUUAACGACACUGAUGAAUUUGACAAAAGAGAGUUGGUUUCUCAUGAAAAAAGUACAUUGCAUUCAACAGAAAUUGCAUCUGUCGAAGAUAGUUUAACAUCAUAUUUAAGUGGCGAUGAAUCUGUAAACGACAAUUCCUUAGAUAAAGAUAAUGUAGAAGCUAUGGAUGUGGAUAAUAAAACAAGAACUGAAACGAUAUUAUUUAGCGAUGAAAAUUACACCGAUCAUACUUAUAGCAAAAUUGUUGAAAUUAAUGCAGAAGAAAAUGAAAUGAGAAAUAAUGAUGAAAUAUACGCAAGUGUGGACAAUCUUUUAAACAAAGAUGAUUUAAAAACUAUCGGCAUGGAUAAUCGAACGAAAACUGGAACGAUAUUUUUAUCUAACGCUAAACAAUCCACUUAUCAUGCUGCUGGCAAAAUCGUCGAUAUUAAUGCAGAAAAAAAUAAAAUAAAAAAUAAGGGCCAAAAUAUACAUAUAAAAGAUAAGGUUGGCGAAAUACACGCAAGCAAUAAUCUUUUAAACAAAGAUAAUAUAAAAGCUAGCGAUAUAGAUAAUCAAACGAAAACUGGAACGAUAUUCGUAUCUAAGAAUGAAAAUUCUACUGAUCAUGCUGAUGGCAAAAUCGUCGAUAUCAAUGUAGAAAAAAAUAAAAUAAAUAAGGGCCAAAAUAUACAUAAGGAUAAGAUUGGCGAAAUAUACACGAGUGAUAAUCUCUUAAGCAAAGAUAAUAUAGAAGCUAUGGAUAACCAAACAAUAACCGAAAGAACAUCCUUAUCUAAAGACGAAAAUUCUAUUAAUAACCAUGCCGAUAGCAAAAUUAUUGAUAUUAAUGCAGAGGAAAGUAAAAUGAAGAGAAAAAAUAUACAAAAAGGUAAAGUUACCGAUAUUAAGGAAAAUCGCCUAUUAAAGAAAAUUCGAAACUUGAAAAGAAAAACGCGAGCCAGUUUGCCUACAAAUAAGCAUGAGAAUAUUGAAUCAUAUUCCGACCAUAGCUUUGAGUACAAUAAUUUGGCGAAAAAAUCGCGAAUUGAAAAUGAGGAGGGUUGUGGCGGUCGCUCAUUAGAAAAUAGUAUAAAUGAUUUAAAGAAGAAAUUGAAUACACGAAUAGAGUCCAUAAAUAAACAAGAAGACAAUAAAUUAUGCUCUGACGAUUAUGAACCGGUGAAAAAAUUACGAAUUGCACAUACUCCAAAAACGUCAGUUUCUCAAUUGAGCAUCAACGAAAAUAAUAUUACACAUAGCACAAUAAGAAAUAUAGCUAGCUUAAUGACUCAAAAAAGUAAUGGAAUUCCACAACUAGGUAUUCGGAAAAGUAAUUUAUUAACUAAAAGCGAAAAAAGUCGUACAAUAAAUGAGAAAUGUGAUGAGAAAAACGUCAAAUGUAAUGACGUCUUGAUUAAAGAUACAAACAACAGAAGUAUCUCAAUGGAUAGAGUAAUAGGAGAGACAUCGAACAACAAUGGCGAGCCGAACGUAUUACAUAAUAAUAUCGCAAACGAUUCGGACGAUUUAGAAUCAGUUCCAUUGAUAUUGCGACUCAAAGUCCUGUCAAACUCCAGUAUCCUCUGUAAAAAAGAUAGGCUUACCAAAGCAUUGAAAACAAAUGAAAAUAAAAAAGAGAUAACGCCGACCGCUAAUGAAGAUUUGGAAACACUUGGAAGUAAGAGUCAUGACGAUCACAAAAUAUCAAAGGAUGUGAUUUCGAAUGGCGAGUCGUCAGUUCUACACGACCGAUCAAACGUGUCGGAAGCAAUGCAACAAAUUAAAAAAGAGAUAACGCCGACCGCUUAUGAAGAUUUGGAAACGCUUGGAAAUAAGAGUCAUGACGAUCACAAAAUAUCAAAGGAUUUGAUUUCGAAUGGCGAGUCGUCAGUUCUACACGACCGAUUAAACGUGUCGGAAGCAAUGCGAAAAAUUAAAAAAGAGAUAACGCCGACCGCUUAUGAAGAUUUGGAAACGCUUGGAAAUAAGAGUCAUGACGAUUACAAAAUAUCAAAGGAUGUGAUUUCGAAAUGCGAGUCGUUAGUUCUACACCGAUCAAACGUGUUGGAAGCAACGCGAAAUAAAAAUCAUAAUAAUAGCAAUGUAUCUGAGGGAGCUACUGAAGUUCUACGUUCACCAUCACCAAGAGAUAGUGGUAUCAUUGUUGAUUAUACAAAUGAUACGAAUAGCACGAAAGAAUCUCUCGAUCAAAUAAAGGAAGAAACAUGCGUUAAUAAUGAAGCAAAUGGAGAUAAAGAAAUGAAAUUUAUCGAUGCCAAUCAUGAAGUCGAGGAGAAACUCCAAACGCCAAAGUUACAAUUAAUUAAAUAUAUUAGCCAGAAACGUGUCAAAAAAUACAAGAUGACACGUGCACAAAUAGAAGGCGUUAUUAAAACAACAGAACGAUUUGUUAAAAAGCAACUACGAAGGCUUGUAAACAGUGCCUGGGAAGAGGCUAUACAUGACGAUAUAAUAAAAAAAUUAGGAAGUACAUGCGGACCUCGUAUCAUAGCCAAAUGCAUAGUAGAGUUUUUAUUGGAGGAGGUCGAUCAUGAUGAAGCUCUGGAUAAGUCAUUUACUCCCCCGGCACCAUUGAUGACAAAAUUUGAACAGAAGAUCAUAACGUUAUUGAUCGAUUUGGAGGUGUCGAAACCGUCGGUGAUUUAUUUCGUACAAGCUGCCAUCGAAUACAAUCUGUUUAGACUUAUCAACGAUUCUAUGAUGAAGAUCCUCCCAGUUAACUUGCUCACGCGGAUUUAUGUCGUCCUGUCACGUCUUCAGAAGGACAGAGAAAAAGUACGCAUGAUGUGCUGCAAUGCUCUCUAUUGCAUGGGUCUCAAGUCAAUAGGUGUUUUGUAUACAGUAUUAACGUGCUGGCCUGAAGUUCUUCCAAAUGCCGAGGCUAACAAAGGAAUAUUACCGAAGUGUAUAGCCUUUCUCAUCAGCUCGCUGCAAAUUGAAAAUCCUUAUUCAGCUCAGAAGCCGUCAGUACAGAAAUUAAACAUAUUAAAAGACUACCUAUCAAGAUUUUAUAAAUAUAAUUUUAGCCAAGAAACAACAAGUGAUAUUGUUAAGGAACUUAUAACUACUCUUAAAGCUGAACGAGUCGAUGGCUUAGAUACGGCUAUUAUACUUGUUGCGAAGAAAAGAGGCUCGUCUUGGACAUAUAAAAAUAUUAUUGAAUCUUCUCUAUUGCCAAUGAUCAUAAGAAAUGAGCAUCCCUGUAUAUAUAGUGCAUUUUCUUUACUCGGAAGGCUUCUGCGCGCAUUUACAUCAGAAAAUAAAGACGAUGCCGUGAAGAUUAGUGAGAUUAGUGAACAGCUCUGUGACCUCAUCAAAUCUGGCCAAGGUUCACACGAUCAACAAGAGGGCAUAAUAUCUGCAUUGCUCAGCCUUUCCAGACAAAAAUUCAACGUUGUCGCGCCGUGUGUGUUAAAAUGGGAGCCGAAUAAACCGUUAAGGCCAAUUGUUAACACGCAGUUACAAGCGUUUAUAAAAGCACGUGAUUCGAAGUUUUGGAAUAAUUACUUAUAGGUCUUUCAUAACCUGAACCAAAACGCUAAAUAAACAUCCAGAAUGAAACAUGAGAUGUCGAUUGAAUUUAACAAAUGUAACAUAUAUCUUUUGAUCAUUGUGUAAUCUGCUAACAGAAAAUCAAGCAGAAUUACAAUAAGAAAUGAAGUAUCAAUGUUUAAAAAUUUUCGAUAUAAUCCAAUUCAUGUAUUAUAUUGUUUUAGGUUUUAGCAGAAUUAUAGUUUACAUGCAUGAUGUAUAAUUUUACGAUUUACAAUAAUUUGUUGGUAAACGUUCGAUUCAUAAAAAUCUAAU